UAUCGGGAUCCAACCGGUUUUCAAGCUGUUCUUUUGUUGGAAAAAUUAAUUUUUCGGUUUAUUUGAAUUAGUCAUUUAAUUUGAUUUUUUCUCAUUCAAUUGUGUCUGAUUUUUUCUUAUUACUCUAUUAUUAAUUAGUUAAUUAGUUGAUUCUUUUCUUCAAACUGAACAUGUUUGACUUUGCAAGGGAAACUUUUCUCAAUUUACGUGACAAUUAUUGGAAUCCACCAACACUUUUUUGGGCAAUUUUCAUCUUCUCAUGGAUCGUUUUUAUUUGGGAUACUUACAUUGGAUGGCGUCAGUUUCGUAUUGUAUUGCGAACAACCAAAAUGCCUGUGGAAUUAUCUGGAAUCAUGGAUAGAGAAACAUUUAACAACGCUAGAGCUUAUAGUAUUGAUAGAACCAAAUUUACUCUAUAUUAUCAUGCAUGGAGUCAAUCGUUUUCAUCGAUUAUUUUACUCUAUGAUCUGAUGCCACUUUUAUGGAAUUUUUCACUGACACUUAUGGAACCUUUUGGUUUUGACAAAUCUUAUGAAAUCACACGAACAUUGGUGUUUGUAAAUGUUGGAGCUUGUGUCUCAAAAAUUAUCGAUCUUCCCUGGUCCUAUUAUUCAAACUUUGUUAUCCAAGAGAAACACGGUUUUAACCGGCAAACCAAACCUUUUUACGCUAAAGAUCAGGCCAAAAAGUUUAUCGUCUCUCAAGCGAUCACAAGUCUCAUUUUACCAGCUAUUAUUUGGAUUAUACAAAAGGGUGAUGAUUAUUUCUUCCUUUACCUAUGGGGAUUCUGUUCACUUAUCGUACUCCUUAUGAUGACUGUUUAUCCCGAUUUUAUUGCUCCUCUUUUCGACAAGUAUAUUCCUCUACCAGAAGGAUCACUUCGAGAAAAGAUCAACGUUAUGGCACAAAGUCUUAAAUUCGUUAACCAAGUUUACAUUGUCGAAGGAUCUAAACGUUCAUCUCAUAGUAACGCUUAUUUAUAUGGUUUCUAUAAGAAUAAGAGAAUUGCUUUCGAUACUCUCAUGGAAAAUCCUCCUAAAAUGAGUGAAUCAACCGAAGAGUUAACAAACGAGGAUAAGGAAAAUAUACCAGAAGAUGGACCAUCAAAUCAAGAACCAGCUAAAGUUUCAGCAACUGAAACUUUAAGUGAAGGAAACGGCGAUUCACCAGCUGACAUUUCACCUGAUGAAGAUGAAGGAAAAGAUAUAAAAGAAAAGAAGAAAAAAGGUUGCAAUGAUGACGAGAUUUUAGCUGUUCUUGGUCAUGAACUUGGUCAUUGGAAACUUAACCAUGUUUUCAUUAAUUUAAUUAUCGCCGAAGUCCAAAUGUUAUUAACUUUCAUGAUUUUCGGUUUCCUUUACAAAGAUCCAGUAAUUUAUCGGGCUUUUGGCUUCAAUGAUCAACCAAUUCUAAUUGGACUCUUAGUGAUAACUCAAUACAUUUUUGCUCCUUACAAUGAGAUUGUUGGAUUUUUGAUGACUUGUCUUACUCGACGUAAUGAAUUUGGAGCUGAUAAUUUCGCAAAGAAAAUGAACCGAGCAUCUGAUCUAAGAAGUGCCCUAAUCAAGUUAGGAAACGAUAAUCUUGAAUUCCCUGUAUACGAUUGGCUUUAUUCAGCGACCAAUCUCUCUCAUCCACCUCUUCUUGAGAGACUUAAAGCACUUGGUAAAAUCGAUUGACUAAAUGUUUGAGAAAAAGAAAGACAAACAAAAAGACCAUGAAAGAAACAAAA